AUGGCUGAGCAAAUGGCACAAGUCCUCCGGGAUACGUUGCCAACUAUGCUUAAAGAAAUGAUGGGUGACAAACUUAAGGAUAAUGAAGGUGGGGAGGAAGGAAGCGUUCGACACGAGAACACUCAAGUCCCUGAAAGGGAGGAAGUGUCCAAUAAAGAGAAGGUGGAGUCGCUCAUCAUUGAGAAAACCGAGUUGACUGCAAAGGAGAGAGGAUGCAGUUUUAAAACAUUCAAAGGCACCGGGCCAAAAGAAUUUAAAGGAAUAGARGGCCCAGUUGGCCUGAUGAACUGGGUAGCCAAAGUGCAGAGCUGCUUUAAAAUUUGUAGAUGCGCGAAAGAUCAAAAGGUGACUUAUGCUGCUACAACCUUUGUGGAUUAUGCGUUGCAUUGGUGGGAGUCUGAAUGUACAAUCAGAGGAGAUGAGGAUAUUGCUGCCAUGAAUUGGGAGCAAAUGAAAAAGAUGAUUAUGGAUAAGUACUGCUCGCAAACGAAGAUGAACAAGCUAGAAUCUGAAUUUCUGAAAUUGAAGGAAGGAUCGUUGUCUGUUCAAGAAUAUGUUAACAAAUUUCUUGAAAAAGCGAGGUUCGCCAGUUACCAGGUGGCUACCGAGGAGAGAAAGAUAGGUCGUUUCAAGGACGGCCUAAGGAUCGAAAUCAAAUGUUACGUGGACAUGACCAAGCCGACCACGUUUGUCCAAGCAGUAGAAAUGGCGAAAGUAGCAGAAGAGAACAACGCUAGGGAGAACCAUGAUAGAAGGGAUGCAAAGAGAAGAUGGGAAGGAUCGAACAAGUCCGACAAGAAGCCAAAAUAG